ACCCCAAAAACUCAAACAACACAGAAUAUAACCAUCCAGACCUAGCUAGAGCCACACAUCCAGUCUCCAAUGGCGCCGAAGAACCAGCAGAGCAACAAGACCAAUAAGCGAAAGCAUAUUCCAGCAGCUAAGCCCGACGCACCAGACCGCCCCACCUCCAAAAGACCCAAACUCGCCGCCCCAAAACGUUCGGGUCCUCCCACCACAACCAAGUUCUCCGACAAACCCUUCAAACCGAAGUUCCAGAAAUCGGAACCCGAUACGGUCAAAAAAGCUCCGUUGUCGAAGCGAGAACGUCGUAUCAAUGCCAAGGAAUUGGCAGAGGCUAGGAAGAAGAAGAGGAAGCCAUAUUACGAACUUGAGCAUGAACUUGCAUCUCUAUGGGAAAAGAUGAGGCAUCGCAAUAUUAAGAAAGAAGACAGAUCCAAGUUGGUAACUGAAGCUCUUCAAAAGAUGAGGGGACAAAUUUCAGAAAUUGCAGGAUCCCAUAUCUCUUCUCGUGUUCUGCAGACUUGUGUAAAGUACUGUUCACAAGCUGAAAAGGAUGCGGUAUUUGAAGAGCUUCAGCCACAUUUUCUUACUCUAGCAGGCAACACUUAUGCAGUUCAUGUGGUGAAGAAAAUGUUAGACAAUGCCUCCAAAACACAGCUGGCAGGGUUUAUCUCCUCCCUCCAUGGGCAUGUGGCUUCUCUUCUUCGGCAAAAGGUUGGAUCAAUUGUUAUUGAGCAUGCAUACGGGUUAGCAAAUGCAACACAAAAGCAGGAGCUUGUAAUGGAACUAUAUUCUGCAGAGCUUCAGUUAUUCAAGGAUCUGGUCUCAUUGAAAGAGAGCAGGUUAGUAGAUGUAAUCUCGAAACUAAACCUACAGAAAGCUUCAGUCUUACGACACAUGAACAAAGUUGUUCAACCAAUUCUAGAAAAGGGAAUAGUUGACCACUCUAUCAUACACAGGGUGUUAAUGGAGUACUUCAGCAUAGCUGAUCAGCCCUCUGCCAUGGAUGUAAUCCAACAGUUGUCAAGUCCACUCCUUAUUCGGAUGAUCGAAUCCAAGGAUGGAUCCAGGAUUGCAAUGCUCUGUGUCAAGCAUGGGAGUGCAAAGGAAAGAAAGAAAAUCAUCAAAGGAAUGAAAGGCCUCAUAGGCAAGAUAGCUCAUGAUCAUGGUGGGAGUUUGGUGCUUGUCUGCAUUGUUUCAACUGUUGAUGACACGAAGCUUAUAACAAAGGUUGUGAUUCGCGAGAUUCGAAAGAUUUUGAAGGAGCUUGUUUUUGAUAAGAACGGAAGGCUUCCGUUACUGCAGCUACUUCAUCCAAAUUGUUCACGCUAUUUCAGUCCUGAUGAUCUGACUUCUCUCAAUUUAUCUAUUCCUUCUCUCAGUGCCAAGGGUGAGUCAGAAGCAAAAUCAUCAAAGAAUGAAAAAUCCAAUAAGACAGAUACCAAAGAUGACACAGACACAGAAGUGACUGAAGUGGAGGGCAAUGAAAAUACGUCUGGUGACGAACUUCACCUAGUUGAGGGAGGAAAAAAAGAUCCUUUCUUAAGGAGGCAGGAGCUUUUGGUCAAUAGUGGUCUUGCUGAGGGUCUAAUUGAUAUAUGUAUCGAGAGUGCAGGAGAACUACUUAGAUCAAAUUUUGGCAAAGAAGUCAUAUACGAGGUUGCAACAGGAGGCUCUGAUGGCAUUCUCCACCCAACUUUGGAUGACAAGCUGAAUACCCUUCAUGCAGAAAUAGCAUCUCUGGCAGCAAAGUCAUCAGAAGAAUCAGAGGAGGAGCACGUUCUCAAAAAUUUCCAUUCCAGUCGGGCAAUUAGAAAACUUGUCUUGGAUUGCCCCACAUUUGCUUGUACUUUAUGGAAGAAAGCUCUGAAAGGAAAGUGUGAGUUGUGGGCCAAAGAUCACAGCUGUAAGGUAAUUUGUGCAUUCUUGGAAUCCUCUGAUUCUAAGGUACGUGGACUGGCAAAGAAAGAGCUGCAGCUCUUGAUAGAUGCUGGCAUUAUCAAGAUACCUGAGACCAAGCAUUCAGCAAAUGAAGGUUAAGUCACCUGUGGUGGAUGGAUGAGGUUGUUACUUGAUGGAGCAGAAAUGAAUUCUGGGGCAUUGUUCCAGCACCUCUUGUGGUGGUUGGGCACUGGGUUCGAACCCCACCAACCCCCCUUCCCUUUAUUUAUCUAGCAAAAAGAAAUGGUUUAAUGUAAUGUAAAGAGUACCUGGAAGAAUUUUUGACAGAGAGAGGUAUCUUAAGGCAGAGUUAAAUUUUGAAUACUUUAACCAAAAAAAAAAAAUUUGAAUACAGGGUGUCCUUUCAUAUAUUA